AUGGGUUUCAAGCCGUCCAAUAAGUCUCUUCUUUUGGAAGAAAUUCUUGAUGCACUCGGUCAACUCACAGAAAGUUUGAGCUGGGAAAUUGGAACAACUAACCUAGACAACCAGACUGAGUUCAGGGCUUUAGAACUCUUGUGGUGGUUAGAUACAUCUAAUUAUUGGACUACAUUAUACGACACGAUAAACAUCGGAACCAGUUACUCACAAGAAACCAUACAACACUUUUUUUGGGAUUUGACACAUCUGAUUAGUCGCUAUUUGGGCCUCGAAAUCAGCCACUAUACUGCCCACCCAGAAAAGGUCGCUGAAGUGUUUUGGCCGAUAUUGACAAACCACUCUGAACCUAUUGAAAUCCGAACGUCAGCGCUAAAUAUGCUCAUGAUGUCCCAGCCGACUGUGUCUCGGUUUUUGACACUCUACUGGUUCAUGCAAGCCGAACCCAGCCAACAGAUGUAUAACUUUUACUACACAACCAUCAAUUCGAUGGCCAACUCCAAGUAUCCUUGCUAUGACAAAUACAGAAAAAUAGCAGCGCAAAUUGUAAGGUUCGUGCAGCACAAAUGGCAUCACUGGUCCACCGGAAACUACCUGUUGGAUUACGAGGAGCCGAUGAGAGGAUACGGCGGAAUCGUCCAGGCCAUCCUAAUGGCCAACCAGCGCACCGGGUUCCCGUCCGUGCUCCGGUUGACACUCGUUCGGCAAGUCGUCUGA